AUGGGAAGUGAGUUGCCCACACCUUUUCAUGUGACAUUUUUGUUAUUAAAUUGUUUUCAGUCAAGUUUCUCGAGUUCGUGAAGCCGUUUUGCGGCUUCGUGCCGGAGGUUGCGAAGCCGGAACGCAACAUCCAAUUCCGCGAAAAAAUGCUCUGGACGGCUAUCACCCUUUUCGUCUUCCUUGUAUGCUGUCAAAUUCCCCUUUUCGGUAACUUCGAAGAUUUUAUAAAUUGCCACAAAACGUCCUUUUAGGAAUUAUGUCUACCGAUUCGGCUGAUCCCUUCUACUGGCUUCGCGUCAUCUUGGCGUCAAACCGUGGUACCUUGAUGGAGCUUGGAAUCUCGCCAAUCGUCACAUCCGGUCUGAUCAUGCAGCUUUUGGCUGGUGCCAAAAUCAUCGAAGUCGGAGACACUCCAAAGGACCGUGCUCUUUUCAACGGAGCUCAGAAACGUGAGUAAUUCCUUCCCGAAUCAUUCUUUUUUUUUUCCCUUGAGAUCCACGGUUCUCAUUUCUUGAUUUUCAGUUUUCGGCAUGGUUAUUACUGUCGGACAAGCCAUCGUCUACGUGAUGUCUGGCCUUUAUGGUGAGCCAUCGGAAAUCGGAGCUGGAAUCUGCUUGUUGAUCGUCGUUCAACUGGUUAUCGCUGGUCUCAUCGUCCUGCUUCUCGACGAGUUGCUCCAGGUAAACUUGAAUUUUCAGCUUUCAAUGAAGAAAAUGGGUUUAAGAAGGGAUACGGUCUUGGGUCUGGAAUUUCACUCUUCAUCGCAACCAACAUUUGCGAGACGAUCGUGUGGAAGGCGUUCUCCCCGGCGACGAUGAACACUGGACGCGGAACCGAAUUCGAAGGAGCCGUCAUCGCUCUUUUCCACCUUCUCGCCACCCGCUCCGAUAAGGUACAGUUUCGAUAUUAUUUUUAAAAUCCAUACGAUUAUAAAAAAGUCGUUGUCGAAACAAAAAAAUGAUUAUGUUCAUCUCAGGUCCGUGCUCUCCGCGAAGCCUUCUACCGCCAAAACCUGCCCAACUUGAUGAACUUGAUGGCCACCGUUCUCGUUUUCGCCGUUGUCAUCUACUUCCAAGUAAGCUUUUUUUUUUUGUUUCAUUUGUUUUCCAAGGAAUUUUUUUUCUAAAUAUCAAUCUUCAGGGUUUCCGUGUUGACCUUCCAAUCAAGUCCGCUCGCUACCGUGGCCAAUACAGCAGCUACCCCAUCAAGCUGUUCUACACUUCCAACAUCCCCAUCAUUCUUCAGUCGGCUCUCGUUUCUAACCUUUACGUCAUUUCCCAGGUAUUUUUCCUUAAUCUAGAAGAUUUCUCACCUAGAAAUUAAGAUGCUUGCUGCCAAGUUUGGUGGAAACUUCAUCGUCAACCUUCUCGGUACCUGGUCUGACGCUUCUGGAAACUACAGAAGCUACCCGACUGGAGGUUUUUCAUCAUUAAUUUUUGUGAGGUAAAACAACUUUCUGUUUUACAGGACUUUGCUACUACCUCUCGCCUCCGGAUACCCUCGGCCAUGUCCUGGAGGACCCACUCCAUUGCAUUGUCUACAUCGUUUUCAUGCUCGGAUCAUGCGCCUUCUUCUCAAAGACCUGGAUCGACGUUUCCGGCUCAUCGGCCAAGGACGUUGCCAAGCAGCUCAAGGAACAGCAGAUGGUUAUGCGUGGCCACCGUGAAAAGUCGAUGAUCCACGAACUCAACCGCUACAUUCCUACCGCCGCAGCUUUCGGAGGUUAUUAUUUAUUUUUCAAAUUGAAAUUUUGAUAGCUAAACAUUUUGGUUAACUAAAAGUAACUUUAUCGAAAUACACAUUUUCACUUUUAUCUUGAUUUUAGUCAAUUAGCUGAAAAAGAUGAUGCUCUGAAUGGGGAAAAAGAAAUUAUUAAAACCCAAUUUUUUUUCAAAUUGUUCUCUUCUUGUUGUUGAUGGAGGAUAAUGAUCUUGAAAAUCUUAUCCAGUUUAAUUUUUGAUUUUUAAUUUAAGUUUUACGCCUUAAGGCUGUCGCACAUUGUGAAAAAUGACUUUUAAAUUGAACCGAAUUUUUCGAUUUGAGGUCUGUGCAUCGGCGCCUUGUCCGUCACUGCCGACUUCAUGGGAGCUAUCGGAUCCGGAACUGGUAUCCUGUUGGCCGUCACCAUCAUUUACCAGUACUUCGAGAUUUUCGUCAAGGAGCAACAGCAGAUGGGCGGAGUCGCAGCCAUGUUCUUCUAA